UUUAAUAUAUUUUCUAAAAAAUUUUUAUAUUUACAUUAAAUGCAGAAAAAUCACGUAAAAUCCAAAGUUUAACUGAUAAGAGUACGCCACAAAAUUCAGAAGGUGUAGAGUUUUGGAAAGCUUGUUAUUUAGAUUUGAAAGAGAAAUUUCAAUACCUAGAGAAAGCCCUUGAUAAUCGAGUAGAACGUGAAAAAAGGGCUCUGAAAAAAGUUGAAGAGACAUUAUAUGUGGUUGAUAGUGCUCUCACCGAGAAAGAGGCAGCAAUUCAACGGGAGCAGGUAGUCAAAGAAGAAUGUGAACAUUUAGCGUCAACUAUUGGUCAAGUAAUGGAUGAAGCAUCAAAAAAAGUGGAUGAAGAUAUGUUAUCGGAAAAAAGAAAAUAUGAACUCAAGGAAAAGGAGCUUAAAUGCAUUAAAGAGAAGCUUAGCGAUAAUUGCAAAAAUCAAGCAAAAUACAAUCAAAUUCUCCAAGCACGUUGUAAUAGAUUUGAAAAAAAAUACCAAGAUGCGAUUUCAGAAACGACGAGACUAACAAAUGAAUUAUCCACAGCUGCCAGAAUAUUAGAUGAACUUGAAGCCAAAAUAAUAGAACGUGAUAAUGUAAUUUUAGAAGGCAAAAAAACAAAAAGAAUCGUUGAAGAACACGAAGAAACAAUAAAAAAAUAUAUGGAAAGGCAUAAAAGUCUUAAUGAUAAAUACAAAUCGAUUAUAGCGGACAUGUCAAUAAAGUUUGAAGACGAAGUUAAUAAACUACAGAAGCAAAAUGCACAAUUGCAAAAAAAACUGCAACAAUUUCUGUGCGAUGAAAAUAGAUAAUAAAGCGUUGUUAUCAUAGUUAAAU